GUACUUGGAGGUCCUUCACCCCAUUUGGCUUCUCACCAAUUCCACUUCGAAAAAAAAACAUUAUUUUGUUCUUUAAAACACAAAUUGAUUGAUCUCUAGAGGCUAAUCCUUCGUCAUAUCGCCAUUUCUCUUUUCGACAGUUUCCGUUCGAUCAAAGCAACGAUUAGGGAAUUUUCACAGAAUCCCCGCGCCGACGGCAAAUCUUCCGAUGCAGCGCCGCCGGUGUUUGUCGUCGAGAGCCAUUUCGGACACGGAAAGCGAGUCCGAUCAAGAAAUGAUGAAGUGCUUGUCGUGUCUGGAGGAAUACCCAUCACGCGAGGCCGGAACCUGCAAGGAGUGCUAUGAUGAAGCUAAUGAGACUGAGGAAGAGCUCAAGCGUGAGAUCGAGGACUUGAAAGCCAAGGUCGCUUUCCUCAGGUUUUGGUCCCCUCUUGAUCAUCUUCAUAACAGGUCGAAUACUCCAUGCUUUACGGAUGUCGUUUUGAUCGCCUCCAGCGAUGGACCUGAGGGAUACGCCGUGCCUCUUCCCGCUCAUAAAGCUGUCUUGGUGAGUCGCUCCCCAGUUUUCAGAGCUAUGCUUGAGAAUGAAAUGGAAGAAAGUCGUAGUGGUACCAUAAAGAUCAGUGAUGUAUCGUUUGAUGCUCUCCGUGCCUUUGUUAAUUAUUUGUACACUGCAGAAGCCUGUCUUGAUGAGCAAAUGGCUUAUGACCUUCUAGUUUUGGCUGAGAAGUACGAAGUGAAGCAUUUGAAGGCACAUUGCGAGAAGUUCCUAAUAUCAAAACUGAACUGGGACAACUCAAUCAUGAACUACGUAUUUGCACACCAGCACAAUGGCGUGCAUAUGAUUGAUGCAGCUUUGUCAAUGAUUAUUGACAACAUGGACAAGCUUACCAAAAGGGAGGAGUAUAUGGAACUCGUCGAGAAGGAUCCACGGCUUGUCGUGGAAAUCUACGAAGCUUACAUGUCUAAACAGGUAAAUACUGCUGCUUGUAAGGAUUGUUCUGUGAAAUAAACUGAAGUAGAUCUUAUAGCCAUUGUGAUCUUUUUUUCUUUUUGUGUGGUGUGCGCUUGCAAUAACUGUUUUUGGUACUUUGCUUUAAGAUGAGCAUGCACUUCAAUAAUACUCGGAAUGUAUUGUUUUAAAAGAAAACCAGAACAGAACGUAAAUAAAAUUUAACCCAAUCGAUCUAAAUGGAAAAUAGCUAUGAGUUUUUCAA